CUUCACUUCACUUCACUUCACUUCUACACAUCACGACAAUCAUGACCGACGAAACGCCCUCUCAGACCGCCAAGUCCGCCGAGGACCGCAAAGCAGCCUCCGCUCUCGAGAACCUCGACGCCGCAGACUCACCUUCGACACCACAAAACGUCGACGCCGACGCUGCCAGCAAAGCCAUCAAGAGCCUCGGCGGCGCAAACAAGACUUCUGCUGCCGCCGCUUCUCAUAAGAACGUCAAGGUCGACGCUGCUGACGUCGCACUCCUCGUCGAUGAGCUUGAGCUGUCAAAGGCAAAGGCGACUGAGUUGUUGAAGAGUAAUGAGGGUGAUGCUGUUAAAGCUAUGAGGGCGUUUAUUAAUGCAUGAGGGACUACAAUAAGGCUUCCAAUUUUGAAAAGUCAGCUCGGGACGGGAAUUGGAAAAAUGCAAUGAGUCACCUUCAGUCGAGCCACAAAUAUAAUGUCAAUCGCCAUGAUGGAAUUAUCAGUAUGUCAAACACAAAAUAUGUGUACUUUAAUCAGUCAAUCCUCCAAACGCCGAGUCAAAGGUCCUGUCCAUCCCGUGGUAUUCCAUUCCAUCCCGUCAA